UGGUGAUGGAGGUCAGCGAAAAGGGCACCCCCCAGAGUCUGAAGAGUGAGAGAGUUCCCUCAACUCCAUUUACCUGCAAAGUGAUGUUUACCUUCAUCUCCAUCUCCACGGAAACCAUGAACGGACAUGACAGAGACAAAUCAAUAUCUCUAGCUUUCAUCUGGCGCCUUGUUCACAUCUCUACUCUCAUUUUGUGGAGAGUAGAGUAGGCUAUCUACCUGCACGUUUGGGUCAGGGCUGAGAACUAGGUUGUGCAGAUUCAAGCAGCGAUGGAGGCUCUUUUUGAGGAGAGAUCACAGGCCUUCUUCAUGGCUGGGGAAGAUCUUUUGCUCUCACUCCUGUGUAUGUUUGGUGACUGGUACACCAACUCUGGACAGGCGGAGCAUCAUGGACGACAGGUUAACUCCUCUUACGCUGCAAUGGAGCUGUUUGUUCAAGAGUGGCAUGUAUUUUUACCUCCUCGCCAUAUGAGGGCACUGCAGGCCUGCCCCAUCCUGGGAUUUGUAGCCGUGUUUCUGACCACACCUAUUAUCCUGUUCCGUAUCCUAACCCGAGCUCACCUGCGGCAGCAAACGCGCUACCUUCUCCUUGCCAACGCAUUGCUUAGUGACCUUCUCUUUGUGGCUGCCUUCCUGCUAAGUACAUCUAUGAAUGAGGCCUCUGUGCUGAUGUCAGACAGGACUUGUGCUACCGUACUCUUCCUGAUGGGAAUGCUAUACAGCGUUGGCGUCUUCAGUGCCACCGCCAUAGUGCUGGACACUUGUUUGGCUAUAUUAGUACCAUUACGCUAUGCUACACUGUGGCCCAUCUCCAGAACCUACGGAGCUAUCGCUGCUACCUGGGCUGUGUCAGUUGUUUUUCCUUCUGCAUCUGUGGGUGUCUUCCUGUGGUACCAUGCUACUGGUCCUUGCACCCAACUCAUCUGCUCUCUGCCUCUGGUGCUAGCGCUAACCGUUAGCCACUCAAGACCCCUGCAAGUCUGCAUGUUACUAACAGUUACGACCAUCCUGGUCAUGUUACUGCUGGUGGUUUCUGGUUAUGUGGCACUGUACUGUCAGAGCAGAAAGUCUGGGGUGUGGCGAGGACAGCGGACAUCACGCGCUAGAGGAACCUUCCUCAUUCACUACCUCCACUUGUUCCUGUCGGUGUGUCCCAUGCUGCUGCUGUUCAUUGAGCUGCUGCUGUACAGCAACAGCACUCGGCUAAACCCUGGUGCUGAUCUUUGGGUCUCUCUAGUGGUGUGCAACGUCCUGGUGGUUUUACCCAAAGGCCUGGCGCCUUACUUGUAUGGGCUCAGGUACAGAGACCUCAGAGGAUCUCUGCUGGAUUUCUUUGGAUUGAAUAAGCCAAGGGCCAUCACACCUAUAACGUAACUGCAGUGAUAAAUUGUUUAUUAGCUAAAGGCUGUGCAGAUCAGGGGUGCCUAUCCAUGUUCUUGGAAAAUGACCUACUGAAGACUUCAGUUCUUGCUGUGAUCCAACACACUUGGCCCUAAUGACCAGAUCAUCCUUUAGAGUAUUAGGUUAGUUUGGGAAACUAAAGCACCUAGACCAGUUUUGUUUUGUUCUAACUCCUAACAAAUCAGAGACAGGUAACCAAGGGUCACUGAUUCCUUCAGGUGUAAUAGGAGCAAGGGCAAAGCAAGACUGGAGUGGCUGGAGGCCCACAAGGAUUGGUUUAGGGCUCUGAUUUAGUGCCAAACAAUACAACAGCAUUUUUCAACGUCAUCUAUAUCAGCUGCAUGUGUAUCUUUUCUUCGAUUACAAAUCACAUUUUCCAUGUGUUUCUUGGGCAGUGGCAUUCCACAAAUAGACAGCUAAAAUCCAUUACUACGGUUGUAUUCAACAGUUUGGCUCAACAAAAAAGAUGAAAUGUUUUUGUGGAUUUUCUAACUGAAAGAAGUGCACAUCUUCUACAGAGAACACACUUCUGCACAUU